AUGUUGGUAAUUACAAUCGUGGCGACAUGGUUAUUAAUUGAUUAUUUCAUCACAUCCCCAAUUGAAGUUCCGGGAAUAUUCUCAAUACCUGGUGCACUCCCCAUUGUGGGUAAUCUUUAUCAAGUAUUAGACAACCCUGCUUUGGUUUAUAUGAAAUGGGCACAACAAUACAAUCAACAAAUAUUCCAGAUCAGACUAGGCAAUAAACGAAUUAUUGUGGUUAAUUCAUUUGCUGAUAUAGUAUCACUAUGGAUUCAGCAUUCAUGUCCUAAUAAUUCACGUCCAUUAAGUUAUAUCUUUCAUGGUAUUGUUUCUGCAACCCAGGGAUUUACAGUUGGUUCAACACCAGCUGGGCUAACUUACAAGAGAAAGAAGAAGGCUAUAUCACAACACUUGAAUAAACGUGCUGUUGAUAAUAUGCUGGGUACCAUAGAUUCAGAGAUAAAACAUAUGUUUCAGGCUAUAAUCAAUUAUAGGAAAAUAGGAACUCCGAGUAUUGACAUGGAUUUGAUGCCUUUUUUCCAAAUGUUUGCGCUAAGAAGUAGUGUUUUCAUGGCAUAUGGGAUUAAAUUGGAUUGUUAUGGGGUUGAUUCUGAAUUAUGUAAAGAAAUUAUUGAUGUUGAAAGCAAGAUCAUUCAAUUAAGAUCUCCAAUUUCUAAUUUACAAGAUUCAAUCUGGUUACUAAGAUACGUUCCAUUCUGGACUAAUACUAAAUUUGCAAGGAUGUGUGGAGAAAGAAGGAAUGUAUACAUGAAGAAACUAUUUGAUAGACUUUUGCAUGGAAUAGACCACGAUGAUGAAGACUCAAUCAAUAGUAUAGUUGGGACAAUGAUUCUCCGACAAUCUCCCGUGUUAACUGAAGCUGAAAUCCAUUCCAUAUGUCUAACAUUUGUCAGUGCUGGUCUAGACAAUACUCCCUUGAACUUGAACUAUCUAAUGGGCGUUCUUUCUCAACCAGCUUUUGGCUCGAGACUACAAAAUAAAGCACUUGGAGAAAUCCUUCAAAAAUCUAAUGGCAACCUUAUACUAGCAUGGGAACAACUGGGCCAAGAUUCAAUGGAUGUUCAAUAUGUACAGGCUCUAGUAUUGGAAACGCUUCGUCAUUUUACAGUGCUUCCGUUAAGUCUUCCUCGUGUUACUACUAAACCUAUAGUCCACGAAAAUGCUACAAUACCUCCAGGUACGCAUUUAUUUAUGAAUGCCUUCGCCGGGAAUCAUGAUCCUACCCAGUUCAACUUACCUUAUGAAUUUAUACCUGAACGUUGGAUUGAUUCUGAACUGGGAUUAGUUACACAAGGAAUUAAUCAUCAUUUUGCAUUUGGGGCUGGUUCUAGAAUGUGUUCAGGUUAUAAUUUGGCAUUUAAGGAACUCUACAUGGUUACUUGUCGAAUAAUGUUAUUAUUUGAAAUUGGACCACCUGAAUCAGGACAAUUAAUGGGGUUAAAUCCGUUUGAGAAUAAUCUGAAUCCUAGAGCCACUUCGUUCGAACCUUACCCACAUAAAGUCAGACUCAGUCUUCGUCAAUUGCCUAAUUGUAAUUCACUAUACCAAAAGAUUUUUAAUGAUUAA